GCCGUGGGGUGGGGCGGUCCUGUGCACCCACAGAGCGCCCCUGGACUCAAGCAACAGCCCCUCCAGCUAGGUCACCCCCACCGCCUGCAGAAGUCCCCCAGUCGGCGGGCUGAGAAGCUCCUGCUCUGUAGGAUGCUACAAGCAAGGAUGAGCCCGGUGCCCCUCAUUCGUGUCUGCUGAGAACCACUCACGUGUCACACGUGUCUUCUGAGAGCCUGCACAUGGUGGUCUCUGGAAGCUGAGAUCUCUGAGGUCAACCACCCAGGACCGUCUUCAGUGGGUACCCGUGAAGAUGAGGAUCUGCGUGCUUCUGAUGUUGCUCCUGGGGGAGGCCCAGAGCCACACAGCCUCAAGACCCAACUUCGUCCUGCUGAUGGCCGAUGACCUUGGCAUCGGAGAUCCUGGUUGCUAUGGGAACAAGACACUCAGGACGCCCAAUAUUGACCGGUUGGCUGAAGGAGGGGUGAAGCUCACACACCACCUGGCAGCUUCGCCCCUGUGUACACCAAGUAGAGCAGCCUUCAUGACAGGCCGGUACCCCAUCCGAUCAGGAAUGGCGUCUCAGUCCAUCAUGGGGGUGUUUAUCUUCUCGGCCUCUUCUGGAGGACUUCCCACCAGUGAGAUUACCUUUGCCAAGCUUCUCAAGAAUCAAGGCUAUUCAACAGCUCUGAUAGGCAAGUGGCACCUUGGGACAAACUGUCACAACAAGACCGAUUUUUGUCACCACCCCUUGAGUCACGGCUUUGACUAUUUCCAUGGGAUCCCCGUGACCAACUUGAGGGACUGCAAGCCCGGAGAAGGCAGCGUCUUCACCAGGGCCAUUAGGGCGCUGGUCUUCAUCCCUCUUCAGAUCAUUGCCAUCAUGCUUCUCACCUUGGUGGUCGUCAAGUGCCUGGGGCUGGUCCGCGUGCCCCCCGGGGUCUUCCUCUGCCUUCUCUGCCUUGCUGCCAUGAUACUCGGCCUUCUGGUGUGCUUCCUGCAUUACUUCCGGCCCCUAAACUGCUUCCUGAUGAGGAACCAUGAGAUCACCCAGCAGCCCAUAUCCUACGACAACCUCACGCAGAGGCUGACGGCGGACGCGGCCCAAUUCAUACGACGGUUGGUAUCGCCUUUUAUCGGGAUGCUGCCUGUUGCCACAUGGUGCUUGGCGAUUACCAUGGAGGUUGGAGAAACCGGGUGGUACUUCUAGCCAUGUUUCCCCUUCCAUGCUGUGGAGAUUUCUGCAGCCAGCCCCUCAGGAGGAGAGACGUGCACAGUGGAAUGGCACGUGCAAGCAAGCGUGAUGCCGUGGGCUCUCAUCCAAGCGGCUCUGCCGUGUGUCCCUCACAUCCUGUGCUUCUGAAGCCGGGUCAAAAAAUGUCUCCCAGAUGAGACAAAACCAAAGGGGCUUCAGUAUCCCCACAGUCAUUACUCUUCAAGUGUGCAUUGUGUAAGUAUAGGUGUUGUCCUUGUGACAAAAACGACACAGGAAAGUCCAAAUAGUCUUUGCAAAUUUCUGAGCCAAAGAACUGUGUGAGGAGCCUGGAUGGAGCGAAUGAUCUCGUUUAGGUCUUUCAGGACCCCUUGGGGGCCUAGUGUUGAGGGUUGCCGUCAGCAAAGGGCAUAACCAUCCACGGAGGGGUCGGUGGCAGUCCUGAGUAGAGACCCAUCCUAGGAGCACUUGCUAUCAAAAACAAACAAAACCAUGUGAUUCCCUUUGGAUCUUUAGAGAAAAGAGGAAAUUUCAUGUGAAAAUCAGAUGCCUGGUCUGAGAGCAUGUGUUGCUCGGGCGCCAAAGACUAGAGACACCCGUGGGUCCGAACUAAAAUGGCAGGAGGAACGACGUUGUGCAGUUCUGGACAGAAGGAGGAGGAGGUUAAGCUAUCGGUCAUGCUUCUCAGUGUCUGUGGUCAUCACGGGCACAGGGAGGUAACGUUGAGUUGGCGGUGCCGACGUAAGCCUCACUCACUGUUGGCCACACGGCCAGAGGAGCGACUGCUCAGGCUUUGAGUUAGCAGAACCCAGGCCUGUGAAAAAUUGAAGAUUGCCAGUCUUACCUCUCGAGGUCCCUCCCGUGGAGUGCUGUGGCAAGGCUGCACAUCUCCCCAGGACAAGCUCCCUGGGAGAGUCUAAACCCCAUGUCUCCCAGGACCCUCGGAGAAAUAACUGCAGCCUGGUUGGGUUUCUGGCGCAGAAG